GGCCCAAUCCUGCUCCUCCGCCCUCAUCCCCCUCAUCCGCUACCGCUCAAUUCAAAAUGAAGAUUUUAGCUAUCCUCUACAAGGGCGGUGACGCCGCUCAAGAAGAGCCUCGUCUCUUGGGUACGAUUGAGAACCAGCUUGGCAUACGCCCGUGGCUUGAGUCUCUCGGUCACGAGCUAGUCGUCAGUGACGAUAAGGAGGGCCCCGACAGCGUUUUCCAGAAGAACAUUGUCGAUGCUGAGGUUCUGAUCACCACUCCUUUCCACCCUGGCUACUUGACCCGUGACCUGGUCGACAAGGCCAAGAACCUCAAGAUCUGUAUCACCGCUGGUGUCGGAUCUGACCAUGUCGACCUCAACGCUUGCGUCGAGCGCAAGAUUCAGGUGCUCGAGGUAUCCGGCUCAAAUGUUGUCUCCGUCGCAGAGCACGUCGUCAUGAGCAUCCUCCUGCUCGUCCGUAACUUUGUCCCCGCCCACGAGAUGAUCGAGCGCGGCGACUGGGCCGUGUCUGACAUCGCCCGCAAUGCAUUCGAUCUCGAGGGCAAGGUCGUCGGCACCAUUGGCUGUGGUCGCAUCGGCUACCGUGUGCUCCAGCGUCUCAUGCCCUUCGACUGUAAGGAGCUUUUGUACUUUGACUACGCUGAUCUCCCUGAGCAAGCUGCCAAGGCGAUCAAGGCUCGCCGUGUUGCGGACCUGAAAGAGAUGGUGGCGCAAUGCGACAUUGUCACUGUCAACGCCCCUCUUCACGAGGGUACCCGUGGACUCGUCAACGCUGAACUACUCAAGCACUUCAAGAAGGGUGCUUGGCUCGUCAACACCGCCCGUGGUGCGAUUUGCGACAAGGAUGCCGUGGCUGCAGCGCUCGCGAGCGGUCAGCUUACCGGCUAUGCUGGUGAUGUAUGGAAUGUCCAGCCCGCACCCCGCGACCACGCCUGGCGCACAAUGAAGAAUCCCCUUGGUGGCGGAAACGGCAUGGUUCCGCACUACUCCGGCACCACACUUGACGCGCAGGCUCGCUACGCGAACGGCACUCGCCAGAUCCUCGAGAACUAUCUCACUGGCAAGCCACAGGAGCCGCAGAACGUUAUCGUCGGCAUCGGGAAGUACGAAUCGAAAGCAUACGGCCAGCGCUAGGUGCCGCGUAGUGGGUUUGAGGCAAGGGAUGUACAAUACUGUAUGUAGAAUAUGUUUGAUAUCGACAUGAAGGAUCACCCGUCUGUA